GAUAAUAUUUCGAUCUCGAAAAUCGAAUAGCUGGAUCCCGAAGUCGUUGGUUCAUAAAUUAUUAUAGUUGACAGUUGUAGUUGUUAGUUGUUACCUGUCAGUCGUGGUUAUUUUUAAAUAUCCAUAAUCCAUGUUAUUGUUACAUUACGACGAAAUUGGGUGGCGAUACCGCCUUACCUAAUCAGGUGCUCACAACUCGUUCCUAUGUAAGAACAUUAUGUAGCAUUACACAUUUGUAGAUGAGCCAUCAGAAUGACAGUCGCGGUAUUGGAUAAAUAUCAUUUGGGCAUUAGUGCCAUUGUUGUUGUGGCUAUGCAACUUUUAUUUUUCACUAUUGCUGUAACAUUUCAGUAUGAUAAAGUGGCUGAUUUUGCUGGUGGUAUAAGUUUCAUUUUAGUGGCUCUGCUAACAUAUGGAUUAGCUCAGACACAUGAUAAUCGACAAUUUAUGGUAACAUUAUUUGUAUGUAUUUGGGGUGCCCGAUUAAGUUCUUAUUUAUUUUAUCGAAUAAUAAAAAUUGGAAGAGAUGCAACAUUUCCAGACAGACGUAGCAAUAUGAUUCGCUUUGCUGUGUUUUGGACAUUUCAAGCUAUUUGGGUGCUUGUUGUUAGUUUGCCUAUUAUUGUUAUCAAUGCACCCCAUAAUUCCAUAAAAACUGGAGCACCAAAAACCAUGACAACUUUAGACACUGUUGGCUGUUGUGUGUUCAUUUUUGGCUUCAUUAUUGAAACGUUUGCUGAUUUACAAAAGUAUGCCUUUAGAAGUGAAGAGACGAAUAAAGGAAAAUGGUGCGAUGAUGGUCUAUGGAGUAUGUCUAGACAUCCUAAUUAUUUUGGAGAAAUAGUAUUAUGGUGGGGUGUUUUUAUUGUGUCAUUAAAUGUGAUUGAAGGUCCAGAGUAUAUUGUUGUUAUAUCUCCAAUUUUCACAACAUUUAUUAUACUCUUUCUCUCUGGUAUUCCACACUUAGAACGUGUUUCAGAUCAUAGAUUCAGAAACAAUGCUCAUUAUCAGCUGUACAAACGAUCCACUUCACCAUUAAUACCUAUACCGCCGUCUCUUUAUAUUGAAGUGCCUGGUUUUAUUAAAAUGCUCUGUUGUUGUGAACUACCUUUAUAUAACUGGAUGAGAGCACAUCCUUCAGAUCCGCCAGAAGCAGCUCCAGCUCCAAAAUCGUCCUAGCAAAAAAAGGGAGCGGGUGUAACUAUGGUUCAGAUUACAGAUCGCUCCCAAGAAGGUCCGGUGUACUCGACAGCCACCACGUACGUCUAAAAUGUAAAAAGACUAAACAUUUUUAUUUGAUUAAGAUAAUUAUUAUAAAAAUAAUGCAUUUAGGCAGUAUGAACAUCAAAAAGGUAAUUAUUAAUAAGUCAAUGUAUAAUGCCUAUUUCUUUUCAUGUAUUUUUUAGUUAUAUAUUAUUAGAAUAAAACCAAUGGAUUCAUAAUGGAGAAAUAAUAAGUUUUAUGAUGAAAUUACUGCUAAAAAUUUUAUUUUUAUUCCAAACAAAUUUUGUUUUGUUAGUUACUUAACAGUUUUUUAUAUGUAAGUGCAUGUUUCAUUAUUAAUAAUGGUAUAAUAUAAUAUUAUUGUGAUGCAGCAGUUCUUCUUCUAAUAUAGUGUUAGCUUAUAAAGAUACUUAUUCUACCAAAUAAGUUUGAAAUAUGCACUCCAACAAUGUUUCAAGGCUAGCAACAAUAAAACACUAGAUUAGUUAAAUUAGUUUAAUAACAUGAAACACAUCUAAAGAUAAAUUCAAACUACAAUAUUGUUUUUAAAUAUUUUCAUAGACUUAAAUAAGUCAACUAUAUUCUUCAUCAUAACAUAUAUUAUAUACUUAAUGAUUGAUCAAUUUAUUCAACUAUUAAAAUCUAUUCUAGUUUACAUUUUAUUCUUAUAAUUGUAAAUUUUAACUCUACUGUAUAUUUUGAAAAAAAUAAACAUGAAUCUUAAUCUGAAAUAAAGUAAAUAAUUACAUACAUUUAAAAUUUUAAAUGGAUCAAUACCAUUUUGUUUUAGAUUUGUAAUUAAUUUUAGUUAUUGUUUAGAUUUAGGCUGACUAAAAAAUAAUAGGAUUCUAAGAAUAAAAUCAAAAAUACUUUUAAGAUUCCACAGUUUCUACUUACUAUCUAGUAUAUAUAUAUAUCAUUUUAAUAUAACUCAUUAAAUAUAUACUUCUUAGUAGGUAUAUAGAAAACAAAUCAGUUGGAUAAGAGAUCAUAAGGCAUAUGACAUAAUUAUUCAUAUUAAAUAUAAAUACAACAUUAGUCUAAUUUUAUAAUUUACUUUAUGAAAGUCUAUCAAAAUAUUUAUUAUUGAAUCUGACUGUUUAUCUUGCUUAAAUAAGAUAUUUACCCAAUAAGAAAAGUAUUUUAUUGUGUAUUAUAUAGUUAGAUAUAGUUUCUUUAAAAAAAAGGUUUUUUUUAACGUUUAUUACAUUAAAGUUAAGUGGCCUUAAUCAUAAAUAUUAAAUAAUAAGUAUUUAUAUGAUUAUAUUUAUCAGCACACAGCACUUAAACAUAUAUUUUACAAUUAAUGAGUAUACAACUUAAUGUUAUGACUUUUGCUAUUGGACAAUUUUACAGGUUUAAUCAUUUGGCUUCAAAUAAUUAUAGUCCUGUUAAUUGUUAAAUAGUAUAACUCCUACAGUGGGGCAACUUGAUAAUAAGGGGCCCAUGUCAACAUUUCUAGACUAGGCACUUACUUGCUUUUAAAAAUGAAAAACAUUCAUACCUUAUUAUAACUCUAUUGUGCGACUGCUCCUAAAAAUGUAAUAAAACAUAAUAAUCAAUAAUCAAAAAAUAUAUAUAACAAUGAGUUAAUUUGUAUUUUUUUUUUUUGUGCAAUUUUUGAGUUGUUUUUGGUAACAAAUUGAAUCAAGUUGGUAUUUGGGGAGUCAAAAGUUUAAAAUUCCUAGAAACUUUUCAAACAAAUCUGGAAAAACUAAAAGAAAUAAAAUAUUCUUAGAAUAUUAGGGACAGGCUCAACAUCUCCACUCAGAAUCGUUUUACAUAAUAUGUAAUGGUUCAUCAUAUUCAUUGAAUUAAAAUUUAACACUUCUACUACAGUUUACCAGGCACUCAAUGACUAUAGAAGUACUAUAGAAACGUACUAUAUAGCAGAGUGACGACCCUGGUUUCUUAACUUUGAUUCAUACAAUAUAAUAAAUUAAUGUAUAUAAAGAAUGCUGGAGUUUGAAAUAUUCAAUACUUAUACUUAAAUUUAGAUAAAUUUGUGGAAUAUGAUUGGUUGAUUUUUUUUGAGUCUCAUAUUUAUUAUUGUUUUAUUAACAUUACUCGUGUACCUAAAUUUUAUUAUUUCAUUUUAAUUAUUCGCACAAUUACACAUUAAUGAUUAAUAAUAAUAUUAAUUUUUAGUACUCUUAAUGUUAUUUAUACUAUUGAACUCUUGUUUUAGAGGACGUCACACCCGCAUUUGUUGCCUCCGUGUAUUACGAGUGCAUAACAUAGCAAAAUUACGCUCAGCAGAUCAUUUUUAGCUCAUUUAGUUUAAAAAUAAGAUUUAAUUAACCUAUUAUGAAUCUUGAUGCUAAAAAUAUUAUCUGUGUUAGUAUGAGGGUUUUUUUUUUUAUUCUUCAGUUUUUAAGUGAGUUAUGAGCAUUUUAAGUUCAUACUAUAUACAUAACUCGCUAAAAAAUUGAAUUAUCGUAGAAAAACCAUCAUACAAACACAGAUUAUGUUAUUACCAUAAAGUUUCUAAAUAGGUCUAUUCACUCUAGUUUUUAAGCUAACGGAGCUAACCUUGAUCUGCUUGUAAAUUUGCUAUGUUAUCCAUUUGUAAGAAGGAGACAACACAUGCGGGUAUGGCAUCCUCUGAAUAAUGUUAUUGUUAAUUAUUUAUAAUUUUAGCUAACCUAUUUAAAGGCCUUUUAUGUUGAAUUUGAAUUGUUUAAAUUAUUUUGUUGAAUUUUUGAAGUAUUAAUAUUUAAUCUAUUAUAAGUAUCUGCUAAAAAAUCUGCAAAAUGCAAAUACGAGCACAUUAAGUAGUAUAUUUAUUUUAUAAUCUUAUUGGCAAAUUGAGUUAAUUUUGUAGGUAUUUUACUAUACAUGAUGUAAUAGUAUAAAUAAUUCCCAAAGAAUAUAAAUAGCUCAAAAUGAAUUGUUUAGCUAUAAUAAUUUAAGUAAGUUAAGUAGUUGCAUAUAAUUUGUGAUAUUAGAAUUAUUUCUUGAUCUGUGAUUACUUGAAUAUUUCCUGUACAAUUAUUUUAGAUACUUUUGAGAGUUUUCAAUAGUAUAUAAUUUACCAUAUAUUAUAAUAUAUUACAUACAUAAAUAAAUUAUAAUAAUUGUUUAGCCAAAUUUAUCAUAUAUUAUUUUAACUCCUUAUCUGGAGCAGCCCAAAAUAAGUCAGAUGAUUUUUAUGUGUAUUUUGUCUACAGGGAAUAUUGAUGAAUGGUGUUAAGAUUAUAUGAAUUAUUAAUAAACUUAAUUUUAUUUAUUUAUUGUUUAAAUAGUAAAGUUAAACUUUUUUACUAAUAUUUGGCCUAUCUUACAAUUUAUGUAUAUUUUCAUUUAUUAUAUUCACAUUUAACUAUUUAAGCUUAAAUUUUCUUAUGACACCAUAUGCAUAUAUUGCACCAUAUAUUUUCAAUAUAGUAAGAGUGUGCAAACUUAUUAAAUAAUAACUUUAUUUUCCUUUUCACUAUUUAGGAAAUAAAAAUAGUAACAAACUAAUUCUAAUACAUUCUGAGUCAUAUCUUAGUUAUAUUACUAUUUACUAGGUAUUAUAUAUUUAAUGUAUUGAAAAAUAUAGUUUUAAUAUUAAUAAUAUUAAUAUAUCUUUAUCUAUUAUUGAUAACUGUUAUUGCCUAUUCAAUAUGCAAGUAUGUAUUAUGUUCUCAUAAUAUAAAAUAAUAGAUAUUAUAUUCAUCUGUUAUUUACCUCUGUAAUAAUAGAAAAUAGUUGUGUAAUAUGUAAUUACUAAUUAUUAAUUUUUUCAUACUCUUGGUUGUAAAUUAUAAUUGUGUAGUUAAAGAUUUAAACAAUUGUUUUAUUAUAAAUAUGAUUUUAAUCUUAACUGUUAAAUUGA